AAGAAAUAUAAGCAGGUAUUAAAAAUUUAUUUCUUGUAGAAAUUAAAUUAAUAUGAUAAUGAUUGAAAAAAUAGAAACGAUAUGCUUUGCGCUUUUUAUAUUAUGCACAAUUCCAUCUUUAUGUUUUGCACAAUAUUUAACUAAUGCUGUGCACAAAACUUCAGCCGCAACAGAAAGAGUAAAUGACCUGUAUUGUUAUUCAUGUGAGACAAUGGAGGAUGGAUUGAAUUGCGCUGACUUUUCAGUAGGAAACUAUAAUUUUUCUCAUAUGAUAAAAAAAUGUAAGGCCGAUGAAUUUGUAUGCAUGGUUAAAAGAUUCUCCUAUACAAUGAGUAAUGAGAACGUUACCACAAGUCCCAAAAUGUGGUCUUUAGAGAGGAAAUGUGCCGUUAAUUGUGAACCAGGUUGUUUUUCUAUUGGAGAAAGAACUAAGUUAUAUGCUUGUACGUCUUGCUGUGAAAAAUCUCUUUGCAAUACGGGAACUGGUGACUCUCCAAAACACGUUCCAUCAAAAAAUAUAAAUUUAUUUUUUAUAUCUUGCCUUCUUUAUCAAAACACUUGCUUACUUUUUAACUUUAGCAAAUUAUUUAUUUUUAGAUAAAAAUUAAGAACCAAGCAAUGAAAAUUUGAUAACUUCCAAGGUUAUUUCACUGAAAUACCUACUUAUUGUUUUAUGAAAAAAUAUAAACGUAAUUUUUAAAUUC